UACCCCCCCACCCCCGCCAGUUUCCUCCCCGCGCUGGGCUCCCUGGCAGCGGGGGGCCAGGCCGUGCGCCUUAUUGCCAGUGGGGGCACCUCCCUUCUCCCCCAGGAGCCAGCAGCUCUGGUUGGGCCUGGUCAGGGACUGUGCCCCCCAGGGCUGGGUGAGGCCUCACUAGCCACGCGGUGGGAGCCCAGGGGGCCCUGCCCUCCAAACUGAGUUCUCCAUGUAGCCCCCCGCACCCAGCCCUAUCUGCAUCCAGCAGAGCCCCCCCAGGCAUUUUAGCUCUGGGGCAAGCCAGCCUAUGUGUGCCCCCUACCAGUUAUUUCUGUCAUUUUUCUGUCCAGAGAUGAUGCGGGGGGGGGGUCAUGUGCCCCCCAGUAUUUUGUAUUGUACCCCCCAACCCAGACAGGCUGGGUGGCCAGCUAAGGUGAGUCAGGGAGUGGAUGUGGUGUCCCCUCUUCGAGCCCCACCAUGCAGGGCUUCACACGGCACCUGUUUCCACCCGGUUUUCCUGCCCCCUGGGUGCCUGCCCUGCUCCCCGCACCCUGGCAUUUUGGUCCUGGCAUUCAAAAAGUUAACUGCAGAGCAGCCUGGGAUACCACCUCCCCUGGAGAGUUGGGCUGCUUCCUGGAUGUGGCAGCCAGAUGUUGCUAUAGGCUGGCAUCAGCCCCCCUCUGCCUGCCCCACUGCAGCAGCUCCCCUCCUCCCAGUCCCUGCCCCCCAGUUAUGGAAAUGGCAUAGAGCCCCCAGGAUGUGCCAGGUCAGGGCAAGCCCACAAGGCACAUAGUGGGGCACGGAGAGGAAGGCACUUCACCUGCAGACUGCAGUUUGAAGUUGUGGGUAUACCCCCUUGCUAUCCACCUCUUCAGUGAGGGACCUGUGUCAGAAAGUCCUUUGCUAGACCCCAGGCAUAAAGCUAAUUGUCCUCCCCUGCCAUAACCUGUGGCCCCCAGGGGUUACAACGUGCAGGGCUCCAAGCUGCCAGUGGGCAGCACCGGGCCCUGCGCAGGGAGUGGCUGAUGUUGAAUUGUGGUUCUUGCAGGGGACAUGGGGCACCAUGUGGCCACUUGCUUUGCUUGUGCUUGGCCCAGGCAGCACCUCCUUCCUUCGGUACCUGGGAGAACUGCCUUCCCUUUCCAGGGUCCCUGCUUCUGCCAUUCCACUGCUCUAAUUCUAGUCCCUCACUCUCCUGGCAGCUGGAUUUCUCCAUGCGGCAGAUCCUGGUGCUGGGCCUGGAGGGAGCUGGGAAGAGCAGCGUUCUCCACUACAUCUCCAGUGAGGCAGCCAAGGUCCGCAUAGCACCCACCCAGGGCUUCAACUCAGUCCAAGUGUACGCAGGAGGCUUCCAGAUUGACCUGCUGGAGCUCGGCGGCAGCCAGAACUUGCGAUUUUACUGGAACCAGUACCUGAGUCAGGCCCACGUGCUGGUGUUUGUAGUGGACUCUUCAGACAGGCCCUGCCUCCCCACAGCUCGACAGGAGCUGCAUUGGCUGCUGGCUGAGGAUCCUCGGUUGCCCUUGGUCGUCCUGGCCAAUAAACAGGACAAGGGUGAUGCCCUGAGCAUGACUGAGCUGCACCGGGAGCUGGCCCUGCACACGCUGAACGGACAGAGGGAAUUCUUCCUGCUGCCCACGAGCGCCACUCACGCUGCACUGGCCACUGCCACCAGCAUCCGGCAUGUGAAGAGUCUGCUGGUGGAACUGCUCUCCCAGCUCUGAAGUGCUCUUCAUACCCUAGAGACGGCAGGUUGGACUGACCCUGCUGCUGCUCAUCUUUGCCUGGAACCGAGGUGCUGGACUGGAGACUGCUGGCUCUGCACCGUCAGGGGCCAGAGCCCCUCUACUCGCAUGCUGCUAUCCCCCAUCGGGUUCUCUCUGCUCCCCUGGGGAGAUGCUGUGCAGUUACACCCCCUUGGGAUCUAUGCAAGCUGCCCUCAGGACGCAGCAGCCCAGCCCAGUCAUGGAUCUCCGGCGAGAGGGGGAAACAGCCUUUGUCCCCAUGCAGCUCACGGGCAGAGUCUCCCAUCUCUAGCUGGGGCACCGUGAUGUUUACACACAAUAUCCCCAAGCCCCCCGUGACACUUAAAUUGACAAAUCUAAAUGAAGGAUGCGUAGGCAGGCCCAUUGGGUGCUUCCUGGCACAGAGGAGGGACCAUAGGAGCUCUUGCAACAAGGCUCUUCUCUGACAGGCAGCAGUUGUCUUUCCAUGGUGUGAAAGGAGCAGAAUCCCCCAUGCGGCCAGGGCUCCUGCAGUGGGGUUAGUGGGGCUGCUGGCACCACGCUGUCCCGUGGCCAGUUACUGCCCUUUGCUAGGGAGGAGUCUCCCCAAGGCCCUGCUCCUGUCUCUUUGCAACCACGAGCAGCCCAGGGCCCUUUCCAUGUGCUGCUGCUGGGAACGGGCCAGUCUGGCCAUGCAGGGGAGCCCACAUUCUCGGGGUGACUGGCCCCUCUGCUGGCAGCGAGAGGAGACUGUCUUUUUGUCUUGCUCUGCUCAGCUCAUUGCAGCUGGCUCGCCAGGUUAGCUUCUGCCCAUGGAGGGACAGUCUGGGGAGAGCCCAAUUUGGGCAGCUUUUCUCCCCUGCUUCACAGGGACUCUUCCCUUCCCUUUAAAAAGCUUUGCAGGCAGGUGUCUCCCAUGGCUGUGAGCCAUGACAGGUACUGGAGCCACUGUGAGGGGACACCUGUGCUGCUAACCCCCAGGAAAGGGGGAAGCUCCGGGAGUCAGUCGCUGCCUACAGGCCUCUACUGGGUCCAUAUGCUGUGUCUGGAGCAAAGCUCCACCAGGAAAGUAAAUCGCCCCCAGCAGCCCUGGCUGAAACAUUCUUGAGCAGCCCAGGAGUGGGGCAGAGAGCCCUGCCAGAGCAUGGGCUUGGAGUCCUUGAGAAGCAAAUGGGAGUGAGAGGUGCCUUGCUGGGCGACAAAGGAGGGGCAGGUGCCUGCUGUUACACAGGAAGGGUGCACUUGCCCAUUCCUGUCUCCAGCUGCCUAAGGGCCAGGUGCUUCCCUGGCUUGUAAUUACAACCUGGGUGUGGAAGAGACCAAGGGUAGGUUGGUCUGCCUGCCCCAUGGUCAGCAGGAGAUGGGUGUAAAAGGGGAGAGAGGCGUUUUCUGGAGCUCUUUAGGCACUCUUGGGGGAGCAACUCUUCCCCAAGCCAAGUAGUUGCUCUGGUUCCUGCUACCCCCAUUCCUUCCCCUCUCCUUGUGUUAAGAGACUAGGCAGGGUGCAGGCAGAGGAGCCAAAGGGCCCCCCAGCACUGGUGCAGUGCUACUUUAAUGUAUUCAGGCCAUUUGCUGCUGCCAGCCCCAAGGCUGGAAUUGAAGAAGGGCACAGGCAGGGGGAUCUUAUACAGGCUGAGCGAGCAGAGCCUUCAGGGUCAGUAGCACAGAGGGCUGGCAGCUGCUCUCAGUUACCAAGGGGAUAAUGCUGAACCUUGUGCAGUAAGUCCCUCCGUGCCAUACCACUAAAAAGCCCCUGGGUGGGGCAGGAGUUCUCUAGGGCCAGUGAUAUUCAACCUGAGGCAGGGGAACAACAAGUGGCUCUUUGCAGCACCUGAUUAAAACACUGAUUUCAUUAACCAAUCAGGAAGCUUAUACUAUAUUAACCAAUUGCAGUUGAUAAAAAUACUUGGCCAGCCAUUUUGCUGUGAGAAUAAUCUAUACAAACUAAAUAUUUCCCCGUCACACUGUUUAAAUAUGACUAGUACAAUAGUAAACGGAACCAUGAAUUCA